AAGAAUAUAUAUUCAAAUUUACACUGAAAUUUAUAUACUUUGAUUCUCAUACUCUAAACUCAUAAAGUGGGACAAAACAGCACUACUAUUUUAAUACUCCUAUUGAGUAUUGAGUUCAGACAAUAUGUGAUGAUAAAUCUUGUGGACCCAAUUGAAAGAAUAAAUUAGACGAUUAUAUUUUAACCUCUAACUUUAACACUAGUAUUAAAGUACUCCGACUGUAACUUCUCCCUGCACUAAGAGUACACCUUCAAGAUUUGAAAACUUACCGCGAGCUUAAUAGCACAAAAGGAUCUUAUGUACAAAUGUACAAUAAUGCUCCCUCCUUCCAAUUUAAGUGUCCUAUUUUUUUUUUUUAGUUUGUCCCAAAUAGAGUGUUUUUUCUAGUAAGUUUUCUAACCUUCAACGUUUUACAUGACAAGUUUAAGACCACAAGAUUUUUUUUUUAUUUUUUAUUACAUAGGGGGUAGGGGAAGGAGAUUACAAAAUUGGGAUUCGAACCCUCGCUAACAAGGUGAGCAUUCAGGUAGUCAACCAACUGAGCUACUAGAUCCCUACUAAGACCACAAGAAUUAAAGGACUACACACAACUUUAAUUUAAGACCAUAAAAUUUAAAAAUUUCUCUUUAUUUUUUAAGCUCCGUAUACAGUAAAACUAAAACAGAGGCUUAGCAAGUAACUUGUUACCACCCUUCUUUUAUUUCAUUUUUUGUUUCUUUCCCAAUAUGAAACCGAAAGAAAUUAAAACCCACUUCUGCAAUCUUCAUGUGGGAAAUUCUCCCGCCUUACCAACAAACUUAACCGCAAGUUGUAACAAAUAUAAGAAUCAAUCACACUUUCAUAUCAGCCCCUUCUUAUUAAUUCUUUUUCUCCUAAACCUCUUACUCUCUCUAGAUAGCAAUGCAGAGAAAUAAAGAUUUGUUCCAUCCAAGAAGGAAAAUGGAGGAUCAUAUUCUUCCACUCUACUUUAACCACUCCUCAGUUUCUCGUAACAGGCGCAUUUCUCUUCCUAGUUGGCUUUCUGGAAAAUGGAUUCAUCUCAUUCCUAUAGGCAUCUUGCUCUCUUUGUUCAUUCUUUGGUGGUUCUCUUCUCCAGUGUUGUUGGAAAUAAGGGAUGGAAGAAUAAAAGAUAUUCACAAGAUUAUUAUUGAUGAAGUUGUGCCUGAGUCAUUGAAUGAAAAUACUGCUCACAUUGAUCUUACUAUCCUGGCUAUAGCAACUACAACUGUUUCUGCACCUGCUUUUUCGUCAAUUCCUCAGAGACAACAAGUUGAAAAUGGAAAUGCUGAAGUGUAUAAUGAAAUUGCGGCAGAGCCAAUGAGCAAUUAUAAGUUCGGUUGAAACAAUUUGUUUUUUUUUUCCAGGUUUUAGAAACUAUAUAGUUAGAAUGAAUUCUUGAAAAUAAGUGUUGGUCUGAUUGAGUUUUGAAGCAGAAUUAUUGGUGAAAAUCUGUUUUGGAUAGUUGCAGAGUAAUCUUGAUCUGAUAAUCAGUUUUUGUACUUAGUUGU